AUGAGAGCUCAUACUGGUAAGAAGCCGUACGAUUGUCUCACAUGCAACAAAAGCUUCUCUCGUUUAUCAACUUUGAACGACCAUAUGAGAACUCAUACUGGUGAGAAGCCGUGCGUUUGUCCGAUAUGCGGCAGGAGUUUCUCUCAAUCAUCAAGUAAGGGGAGGCAUAUGAAAACUCAUACAGGUAAGUCUUACAAUUAUCCGUUAUGCGAGAAAGGUCAAUAA